AUGGAGCAAUCCCAAGGGCGAUGGGGGCUAUUCUGCACAGCAAACGCCAUCAUCAUCAGGGCUCUUUAUAUUAUACAUAGACACAUCAUCGAGCUCACAGUGGGGAUGACUCCUUCACAAGAAAAGUUUCCAGUCCAAUGGCGCGAGAGCUCUUCUAUCGCACUGGAGUCAAUCACCCAAAUAGUGCACGAUGUAGCAGUUACUCAAAACGAUAUGUCCCUUGAAAAGAUGGAUGUGCUACCGCUUAGCCGUGCCUUCAUUAUCAGGGCAGCCCUGCGGUAUCUCGAUGACCUUGGGGGGGAGUGUAAUCGAUGGGAUGCUGCUCGAAGGCAACUCAAAGCAUCCCUGAGAAUGUGUAAUGAACGGUGGAAUGUGAGGAGCGGAGAAUGA